UCCCCCAGCGCGGCUGCGGCCAUGGCGGCGCGGGGCCGCUGCCCCGAGUGCGGCUCGGCGUCGCUGGUGGAGGACGCGCACUACGCGCAGCAGCAGCUGGUCUGCGCCGCCUGCGGCUGCGUCCUGUCCGAGGGGCUGCUCACCACCACCUACACCGACGAGGAGCAUCUGCGGGAGGUCGCCUAUUCCCAGAGCACUGGCCAGAAGGAGCAGCUGAGCCGCUGCCUGCAGCGAGGGAUCCGGCGGGUCCAGGACCUCUGCAAGGUGCUGCAGCUGCCAGCCACCUUCGAGGAGACGGCUGUGUCCUACUUCCAGAGGGCCCUGCAGCUCCCUGCCUUCCACCUGGUCAGCCUGGAGAAGAAGGAGCUGCUGGGGGGCUGCUGUGUGCUGGUGACGUGCCGGCAGCACCGCUGGCCCCUGACCAUGGGCACCGUGUGCUCCCUGCUCUACGCCAAGCAGGAGCUGUUUGCCAGCGUCUUCCUGAGCCUGCAGAAGGAGCUGGGGCUCUCAGUGCCCGCCCUGAGCCUGGCAGACCUGGUGACAACACACCUGAGCAGCUUCCGGCUGGUGCAGCCCACAGCCAGCGUCCCUGCGCCCUUCCUGGAGGACAAGGACAAGCUGCUGGCCAGGACCAUGGCCAUAGUGGAGCUGGCCAGCGAGACGUGGCUGGUGACGGGCCGGCACCCGGUGCCCGUGGUGACGGCCGCGGCGUUCCUGGCCUGGCAGUCGCUGCGGCCCGGCCCGCGCCUCUGCUGCCCCUUGGCACGGUUCUGCCGCCUGGCAGGGGUGGAGCUGCCCCCCCCGGCCCGCCUCAGGCUGAGGGAGCUGCUGGAGAUCCUGCUGGGAAUGGCCUCCCAGCUCUCCUGGCUGCGAGCCUUCCGCCUGGACAAGAAGACGGUGGUGAAGCACAUCGGGGACCUGCUGCAGCACCGGCUGUUCCUGCUGAAACGCGCCUUCAGCCAGCACGACGGGCAGGAGCAGGACGUGGGCCUGGGCUCUGGGAGCCAGGGGUGCCAGGGCUCUGGGAGCCAGGACUGCCUAGGCCAGGAUUCUGUGAGCCUGGGCUCUCUGGAUAAGGAUUCCCCAGGCCAGGGCUCUCUGAGCCAGGGCUCCCUGGAUGAGGGCUCUGUGAAUAAAGAUUCCCCCAGCCAGGGAUGCCCAGGCCGGAAUUCUGUGAGCCUGGGCUCCCUGGAUAAGGAUUCCCCAGGCCAGGACUGCCCAGGCCAGAACUCUGUGAACCAGGGCUGCCUGGGCAAGGACUCUGUGAGCCAGGGCUGCCCAGGACAGGGCUCUGUGGACCCAGGCUCUCUGGAUAAGGACUCCCCAAGCCAGGGCUCCCUGGAUAAGGACUCUGUGAAUAAGGACUCCCCAGGCCAGGACUCUCCCGGCCAGAGCAGCCCAGCUCAGGGCUGUGUGAGCCAGGGCUCCCUGAAUAAGGACUUCCCUGGCCAGAGCUGCCCAGGACAGGGCUCUGUGAGCCAGGGCUCCCUGGAUAAGGACUCCCCUGGCCAGAGCUGCUCAGGACAGGGCUCUGUGAGCCAGGGCUCCCUGAAUAAGGACUCCCCUGGCCCGAGCUGCCCAGGACAGGGCUCUGUGAGCCAGGGCUCCCUGGAUAAGGACUCCCCAAGCCAGAGCUGCCCAGGCCAGGCUCCCCCCACCUCUCCUGCGCUGGCACAGCAGCGGGGCAGUCCCUGGGUGGGGAAGCAGCAGCGUGGGGGCCCCCUGAGGCCCCUGCUGCCCCCCUGCCUCAUCCACCCCAGGAAGAGGCCGCGGGCAGCUCCGAGCGCCGCGGCCGCGGCCGUGACGGGCGACGAGCCCAUCUCAGACAGCGAGAUCGAGCAGUACCUGCGCAGCCCCGAGGAGAUCCGCGCCCUCAGCAGGGCCCAGGCCUGGCUCUGAGGGUGGCCCUGGCCCAGAGGGACGAUUUGGGGACCAGAAGUGUGGACCCCAGCAGGGACAGAGUGACUGUGCUGCAGGGGGCAGGGAAUGAGGCUGUGGGGAGGGAGCUGCGUCCUCCUUAAUGUGCUGGACCAAAAUGGGGCUUUGGAUGGAGUGACUGCUUCAGGUCGUGUUACAUUUCUGUUUUAAGUAAAUAAAAGUGCAGGUGCCAGGUUUUCCAGGGCAGCCUCACCUUGGACUUCUCAUUCUUCAGCAGAAUGACUUUGUGAGGGUCACAAAACUGCAGACCAGGCUGCAUUUGAGCAUGAAGCCUGAGAGAAAUCACAGUAGAUCUUGGCAGAUUGGCAUAUCUUUAAUAUAUUAAACAAAACAUAUCUGCUAGAAACAUUCUAUUCAUAUAAAAAUGCAAAAAGACCCCUUUAAAGACAUUUCUUUGGCAUAUUUCCCUCCCCUCCCCCCGGAUAUUGCAGGAAGCUCUGUUGAUAUGUCAUUCGCUUGUAAACAGACAAAGUGUAAUUAAGAAUACAAAGCUUUUUCUCUAAUACUGUCACAAUGCAGCAAGCAAUAGAACCACGGGGCAUCAGCCAGGCUGGGGAGGCUGCAGGAGCUGCAGCAAGGGUUUAAACUGUGUUAAACACCAGGGACAAUGAAAUAUUUCAACAUUUAACUGGGCAGAGAAGCCGAGGCAGGCAGGGAGUGGCAGGUUAAGCCCAGGGGUGCCCCAGCCCCGUGGGGUGAGUGGUUCCCAGGUGAGACCAGUCCCCACUAAGUGCUUUUUCCUCCCCUGGCUCGUGGCCCUGCCAGCCCCACGACCCCUCGGAGGUAGCUACGUUACAAAACUCAUUUGCAGGCGGGGGAAAGUGAGGCAGGGGAGGCUGGAAAGGGCAGGGGAGGCACCAGGCUCCCACCUUCCUUCUCUGCUUUGCUGCAGCCUCUCUGCAGCCUGGCUGUUUUACCUGUGUGCUGGGAAAAAGGGGAGAUUUGUUUUUCAAUGGGAACAAUAAGUGCUUAUCCAGGUUCCAGCCCUUUGACAGUCCAAGGAAGGGCUCGAAUUCCUUGGCAUCAUUCUCUUGCAUUCCCAGGAAUGGUCCCUGCUCCCCAGAAUGGUCUCUGCCUUCUUAAGAGCAAACCUAGGUAUUUUGUGAGCUUGAAGCCUGGAUUAAGGACACAGAGCUGCUCUGGGCCUCUCUCACAUCUUGGUUCUUUGGUGCUUUGGCACAGAGGGUCAGUCCUGGCAGCAGCAAGGUCUGCCAGCCCACCCCAGUGCAUGGCUUGAGCCUCUGAGGGCCUGGGAGCAUUUUCUGACCGAAUUUAGUGUCUGGAGCCUUUUCUGGCCCUUAUUUUAGUGUCUGGCAUUAAAGCAGUGCAGACAAUCACCUCACCUCGGAGCUGAGGCUCCUCUUACCUUGUGCUUGGCUUUGCAAUAUGGCUUUGGCAGCAGGCAGCCCGCGCAGCUGGCACAGCUGGGGACGUUCCAGAGGGAGCAGCUGCCCUCCAGAGGCAGCGUGCUCAGGCUGGGGCUGCGCUGCCUGGACGUGAAGGGCACUUGGAGUGGUCCCUCGGCGGGAAUAUUGCAGUCGUGGCACGGGAGGGGGCCCUCGUGCCACCUACGGCUCUGUCUAUACAUAUAUACAUUCAAUAAUAUAGCUUUGAAAAAUAGACGUUUCCUCUGUAGAAUAUAAAAUAGCAUUUAGGAUCAAUCUCAAGUGACAUGCGGGAGUGAUUAAAGCACGGCUGCAAUUCCGCCACCGCGGCGGGAAGCUCCGAGCCUCCUCGGGGAGAUGGGUGGGCCCGGCAUCGUGCUGUGCCCGGGGGCACCGGAGCCCCCGGCCGUGCCGCCCAUCCCCGCUAGUGCACCGGGUGAUGCUCCCCGAGGAAAACGCUGCGGCCGUCGGUCCUUCGCCACCCUCA